AUGACAGUAACAUUGGUGAAGUUGAAAGUAGGACAUGCGAGCGAGCGAUUAACGAAGAAAAAUGCGGCUGGUCAUGAUUAUCGAUGGAGAGUUUUCGUGAAACCGGUGACGGGAGAUCAAUUCGCUGAUCGAUCGCUCAUCCACAAGGUGAUUUUCAAUCUACAUACAUCUUUUGACAAUCCGACAAGAGUAAUCAAACAGCCGCCGUUUGAGGUCACUGAGACAGGAUAUGGCAGCUUCACAAUGCAAAUCAUUAUCAUUCUUGCAAAUGAUAAGAAAAAAGAAUAUCCUAUUCAGUAUGAGCUUUUACUCACGAAUGAUAUCCAUUAUCAAUCGAGCAAUAUACAAAAGAUUGGUAUUCAAACGCCGACAUCAGCCGAAUUUCAAAUGGCAAUCAAGCGAUAUUGUGGAGAAGCCCCGUCGAGUCAGCGAAGCUCCGACGCCUCUCCAGAAUCUAAAGAAUCAAAAAUCAAAUCAUCAAAUUUGAGUUUAUCCACCUCUUCUCUAUUCGACUCCAAUCAAACAUCAAGCUCCUCCAGCUCAUCCCAAUCCUCAAACUCAUCCGACAGCUCUGACAGUGAGGGAGAAAAGAAGCGAAAGCUCUUGAAGAAGAAAACAAAGGAAAUGCAAAAAGAUGAACCGAAAUCCAAAUUCAAUCGACCAAAAGAUGCGCCGAAAUCAAUGAAGAAAAAGAUUGCCAUGAAAGAUCAACAAAUCAAGAACAGUCCAACCUCAUCAACAACAACAUCUGUGACUCCAGCAUCGACACCGGGUACAUCGAGUACUUCCAAGGAUCCACGAGCCACCCCAACAACACCGGAGAACCGAAGUGUGAAAACGGAAACGAGCUUGACUCCACCGAUGAAGAAUGGCGGUCUUCGACUCUCUGAAAAAGUGAAUGGGAAAGAGGAAGAUGGGAAAACGAGAGAGGAGUUGGAGAGAAGUGUGGGCAAGAGGCUGAAAGGACUGCAGAAUGGAAGUGUCGAUUCACAGUCUCUUUUCGACAUCGCUCUCCUCUUGGUUCGAGAAGGAUCCGCAAAAUUGAAUGGGACUUCUCUCGAGUAUGAUCUCACCACUUAUUCCCUCACUUCUCUACAAAAAAUCUAUCAUCGUUUAAGAAAAGUAAAUGUUAAAAUGAUUAUU